ACACCGACAAAGGUGCGGCCAUCAAUACACGAGCAUAUAUCACCGCUCUCUUUACUUUUAUUUCUCAUUGUUCUGCCUUCAACUUCAAUAUCCCUCUUUAACAAACUCAAAAACAUGGCUCACUUGCCUCUUCUGUUCACCUUUACUUUGCUCCUAAUAUCAAUAUCCGCCACUGUUUCAGCCACCACCUCAACAGUGGCGGCAAAAGACCAAGUUCCAUGCACAAUGUGUUCGGAGUGCGAGAAUCCAUGCUAUCCACCCGAGCUUCCACCUCCACCACCCCCCCUAGUUAUAGAGUGUCCACCACCACCGUCACCGCCACCGCCACCACCGUCACCACCACCACCGGCGGUUGUGGAAUGUCCGCCUCCGCCAAAACCAACAUGCGGCCCAUGCGAGGAAACGCUUCCGCCGCCAAAACCACCGUGUGAUGACGGUGCAUGCUUGCCAUCACUAGUGCCCCCUGCGCCUUGGGCACCGGAACAACCGCGCUACCCACCGGGACCACCACGCCCUGGCCCUCCGUACCCGCCGGGUUCCUACUUUCCACCGGGAACGACGUUUCCUUCGUUUGAUGAUGACUAUGACAACGGUGCGAAGAUGGUGCCGUUGCAGUCUUUGACUUAUGUAGCCCUUCUUUGCCUUCCCUUCUUUUACUUGUUCAUUUGAUAAGCAUUGUUUCGGUAAUUCUUCUCCUCUGUCUUAAUAAUUAUAUUACUUCAGCCACUGUAGUGGUGGACUCAUAUUUUUCAUGAGAUGAAGAGAGAUAGAGAGAGAGAGAAGUAGCUAGCUUAGCUCGUCGUAGAAAUUAAGCAUGAGAUUAAUUUCGGUCAAGUGUCAAUUGUUGUUUAGCUUCGUCUCCUUGAUUAAUGUUGAAUUAACUAUCGAAUAAAUGUUGGUGCAACUUGUUCAUUGAUUCA